GGAACAGCCUAAUAUUCUAUUUUCUUCACUUUCUGUAAAGUGAAGAAGGAAGUGUUCCUUUUACCUUCACUAAAACUAUGUUCCAUAAAAAUUGUGCUUGUAUUUGUUGAUAUCUUGCCCCAUUUCCCUCUCUCUCUCUCUCUCUCCCCCCCCCGUCUGUUCUCCCUCCUCCUCCUCUCCUCUUCUUUUUCUUUCUGUUUCCUUUCCCUCCCUCUUUCUUUUUGUCAGUUCUGUGUGUCUCUCUCUCUCUGUUUUCUUGUCCUCCCUCCCUGUGUGACAGUGUCCCUUGUUUCUGUAGCUGUCUCCUCCUCCGUCUGACUUUUUCCCCCCUCUUUGUCUGGCUCUACCAUACUCUUACUAUUUAACUGUUUCUCUCUUCCUUUCUGAUGUGCUGUGAACUCUUCGAAAGUCGUGUUUAUGCAGCACCUUUACUCACUGAGGAAUCUAAUGAGCUCAGUGCAGUCUUGACCUUCCUGGCUUUGUUUUCUUGCUUGUGCUUUGGGAUUGGCACACCAGAAUACACAUAUACGUGUAGCGACAGAAAAGGUAUCAUAUGGGCAAAUCAUCUGUCAGGGAAGGUACAGCGAUUUGAUGGUAUGUAAAAUGGAGCGGUUUACAGAAUUUGGCACUCAGACGGAUGCAGUGGUGGUGCUGUCUUUAGCACAAGCAGCAGUUCUUGGGCUGGUGUCAGAUAAUGAGCUCUUUGGUGCCACCAUAAGUCUGAAUGGCUUCUUCCCAGGCUCUAGGAGUGAAUUUUCAGAGAAUGGGCCCAUUGAGGCCGAGCAACCAGAAGGUGAGGCUUACCUGAAUUCGGGAGCAAGGGUUGCAGCUGAACCUCAAGAGGAUGAGGCCUUGGACUCUGAAAAGCACACAAGAAGGAAAAAAAGGCCACCAGUAAGGGUGGUGCCAAAAAUUAAAUAUGAAAAAACUGAAGAGGAGGAAGAGGGCAAAAUAUACCAGGUAACCAUUCAACCUGAUAAAGAAGAAAAAGAACCAGAAGGAAAGCCAUUACAGAAUGUCCAGGAGCAAGCAAGUGAAACCACUGUGCAGAGCAGUAGUGUGAAAAUGAUUGACCUUGGUUCAUUUCACAGGAGGCCACGAAGACAUCGCCACUUAAGGGAGAGACAACGUCAUGAGACAGAGACAGAUUACCAACACAUUUUACAACAUCCAAUGCAGAAUCCAUACCCUCUUCCUUCUGUUCCAAUGAUUCCAGGGAACCCCAGCAUGGAGAACACCCGGAGGCAAUGUAGCUUUGGUUCUAGUUUGCUUCCACCUAAUGACACAGUUGAUCCAGCCAUGGGAUCCCCAAAAACGGAAGACCACGGACAAAGCUUUGUAUGGCACGAGCCUAAUGAAUUUGAAACAGAUACAGCUGAAUCUAUUGAGCGCAACAAAAAGGCUCAACUAGACCGGCUAGAUAUAAAUGUUCAGAUUGAUGAUUCCUACUUGGUGGAGGCUGGAGACCGCCAAAAGCGGUGGCAAUGUCGUUUGUGUGAAAAAUCCUAUACCUCAAAGUACAAUCUUGUUACACACAUUUUGGGUCAUAGCGGCAUCAAGCCUCACUCCUGCCCCCAUUGCAACAAACUCUUCAAACAGCCAAGCCACCUGCAAACACACCUCCUCACGCACCAAGGCACUCGUCCACACAAAUGUGAGGUUUGUAAUAAGGCGUUUACACAGACCAGCCACCUAAAAAGGCACAUGCUACUCCAUACAGACAUUAAACCUUACAGCUGUCGAUUUUGUGGUCGUGGCUUUGCAUAUCCAAGCGAGUUAAAAGCUCAUGAAGUGAAGCAUGAGAAUGGCCGCUGCCAUGUUUGUGUUGAGUGUGGCCUGGACUUUGCCACCCUGACACAACUGAAACGUCACAUCUCUUCACACCAGGGUCCUACCCUGUACCAGUGCACAGAAUGUAACAAGUCCUUCCACUACCGAAGUCAAUUGCAAAACCAUAUGUUGAAGCACCAGAAUGUUCGACCAUUUGUUUGUAAAGAGUGUGGCAUGGAGUUCAGCCAGAUCCACCAUCUUAAGCAGCAUUCGCUGACUCACAAGGGAGUAAAGGAGUUUAAAUGUGAGGUAUGUGGGCGGGAAUUCACCCUGCAUGCCAAUAUGAAGCGCCACAUGUUGAUCCAUGCCAGUGUCCGUCCAUUCCAGUGCCAUAUCUGCUUUAAGACAUUUGUGCAGAAGCAAACGCUGAAGACUCAUAUGAUAGUCCACUCCCCUGUCAAGCCCUUCAAAUGCAAGGUUUGUGGGAAGUCCUUUAACCGCAUGUACAACCUGCUGGGUCAUAUGCACCUGCACGCUGGAUAUAAACCCUUCAAGUGUCCCUAUUGUUCCAGCAAGUUCAAUCUGAAGGGAAAUCUGAGCCGUCACAUGAAGGUGAAGCAUGGCGUUAUGGAUAUAAUUUUAGACAACCAAGAUCCCAUGAUGGACCUACCAGACCAAGAUGCUAAUGAUAUGGAUGGUCAUCAAGAAAUGGAGGGUUAUGAAGAAAAUUCCUAUGGCUACAGAGAAGCAGUGAAUACUGCAGAGGACCAUGUGUUGACUGAACAAACCAUGAAGGAAAUGGUUUAUUACAAUGUAUUGUAGCUGAAACACAUCGUUCUUCAUGUGAAGACAGAGCUCUCUGAUACAGAUGGGAUACUUGGCCAUGAUGGUCUUUCUUUUCAUUCUUUCAUUGCUGGAAAACAAAUCAGAGCUUGACCUCUAUAACAAAACAACCAGUAUUCCUCUGAACUUAUGUCCUAGAGAAAUGAGGCACCGGAUGAAAACUCACAUGGUUUUGGGAUAGUAAUUGGCCAAGUUUUCUAGGCAGCGAGACACCUGUUUGCCUUGAUUAGAAAAUGUACUGUACGACACUAGAAGAGUCCUUGUGAGGGACUUGCACCAAAAUGACUUUUGUGUUUCUGUAGUUUUGCCACUGGUUUAUUCAACUUUUUGUGUUUAAUGUUACUUGGCCUGUGGGUGACCUCCGACCAGUCUUGAAACACAGGGCAGCUCCCCACCACAUAAAUCAUUUAGGAGCAGCUACUCUUCCUGUUUUACUUUCAAGAUGCUUUACACUCUUACACUGAGGGCAUCUUACGUGCGGUUGGAAUGUAAUUGGAGUUAAAGAAUGUGAAUUAAACCCAGAAGCCACCUUAAUGCAGUUGUCACUGAGUAAAGGGAAAAACUUGCUGGUAGCACAUUAACUAACUCCAUUGUCUAUAGCAGGUAAUAAGGCUCCCAUACUUCACCUACAGCAUCAGAGGCACAGACGCCCUAGCUAGUGACAAUGUGAGGGGACUGCAGUGUAAUCUGCUGACUUCUACCUCUGUACUGGUCCGACUUCGAGCCUGACCUACUUAAACUUCAUGCUUUGUAGCUGCACAGGUUAUGAGACAGUUGAGUGAAUAUGGGAUAAAGGCAGCGAUCUAAAUUCUGCUAUCUGCCCCAUCCCUGUACAACCAUACGACCAACACAAAGAAGAGGAUACUAUGUAAAUAUGGAAUUGCAACCUCUUGUGGAAUUACUGCUUUUUGCUAAAGAUAAAAAUUCAAAACAGGGAAGUAGUGAGGGUUAAGGAUACUGGAACAGAAACCUCAUUUUAACUACUGUGCCAUUAACACCUAUUUCCCACUCAUCAUAGUUUUGCAUCUUUGUAACCUUAGUACCAAACGUCUAACUGCUCAAGAAAAGCACUUAACCAAUACUCAUGUAGGUAGUAGGUCUUACAUAUCCAGAUGCAAUCAUUCCACAGACAGAUCCAUAGCCAGUCAAUUAUGUUACACAACUGGUGGGCCAGAUAAUUUGAUCAUGGUGGCCAUGCAAAGUGGAUCACUGUAUAAAUCUGCUUACACUGUCAUGGGUCAACUUGAUUCUCGUGCAAGACCAAAGAAUUAAAAUCAGAUUGUUCUUGGUUUUUGGGCAAAAAAACGUAUAAUUUGCCGACCAUGCAUAGAACAAUGUUGAGCCAGUUUGGUCAAUAAUAGACCUUUGACGUCCAGUUCAAAUAACAUAACAAUUGGAAGGGGUUCACAGCCUCCAGUUACCGAGUUUUUGAGUUUCAACUCAGAUCUCUCACAUAUUAUUCUGGAUUAAACCUUUUUCUCUGCCAGGGCUUCGAUAAGAAAUAAAAGGGACUUAUUAUAGCCACCCAUUUUUUGACAAAAGUAUAUAAAUUAUUUGAAAAUCUUCAGUAAGGUUUGAUACUUGUAUCAUUGCACAGACAUUUGUCUGUUCUGAUAGAACUGUGGCCUACAAUGGUUAUGGGCAUUAAAGUGUAUCAUACGUGAAUGAGAAAUUACUGAGAAGGACUAAAUUGGUGUUCUGUAUAAGGCUGCUGUAAAUGAUGAUUUUAACAGCAAAUAUCCCAAAGUUAUGGGCAAGCCAUCCCAAGAUAUAGCCAUCCCUUUAGGCUUGCAGGAACCAUUUCCCCCACCAAUCUAACUCUCACAAUGUCAAGUAAUGGUUUCUGAGACAUGAAGUCCCUCUGCUUUGCAGACAAUCCAUUUACCAGCCACUAUGGAAAGCAGAGAGAGAUCAAGACUCAAUCCAUCACUUAGUAUGGUACAGAGUAAGAGAAGGGGUUGUAUGACACUGUGAGCCUAAGGGGAGUUGUGGAAUGGUUUGUACUACUAUCUAACUAUCAUGGUUUCCAUGCAAUCUCUGGAAUCAGGUAUGCCUGUGUACAAAGUUCAGAUAAAAGGGGGGUACAGGGGGGCCUAAACCCAAAAAGUCUGACUUCUGUCAUAAGGGAUGAUUGUAUCUUAUUGUUUAAGGGUUUCUUUGUGGCAUAUCAAGCUUUGUUGCUUCAGAUAUUGCAAAACUACAGGUCCCAGAAUGCCUCUGCUGUAGGAGUCCAUGAAAUACUAGUUUUUGCAACAUUUGUGGUUCCAAGUAUUCCCAGUCCCUCGUUUAUCUACAGCUGUUUUAGUCAAAAUUGUGUCGGCUCCUUCAUACACUGGAGAUAAAUUAGACCAAAGAUCGAUCACUAAGAAUUCCUACCAAAUGAGACAGAGCUUUAUAUUGUGUAUGAGCAGAGUGACGGAGGCCCAGGCCCUGCUCUGUAUUGGCGCUACAUGAUUGUGACUUUGCUUUUCAGCAGUGUGGUUAUGUGAUAUGUUCUGUCAUGUUCUACAGUACCUCAUAAAGAAUGUAUAUUGUUAUUUUC